AUGAAAGGAGAUAGUGUCGUUCAGAAUUAACCAGAGAAGUGGAUCGAGCGAGAGUCGGUAUAUAACUAACGAAAAUCAUCGAUUCGAAUCAUGAGACCCGCUUGUCUUCAGUUAAUCUAUUCCGGUAACAUUUACCAGGGCAUAAAUCCGGUGGAACAGGAAAUUAGUACUAUCAGGUACCAGUUAGUAUCGGGAUUUCCCUCUUUGGUCGCCGCUUCGAUCCAUAGAGCCGGAUGCGCGUGCGCUUUCAAUUCUUCCGGUUCUACACCUGCGCCCUUUCAGUAUCAUUCACCUUCACCUCCUGUUUCGUACUUGCUCGUUGUUCUUCUCUAAUCAGAUUUUAUUCUCUAAUCAGAUGUUGUCAAGCAACUUUGAAUAUGUUUGCAUGAAAAUUUUCCUCGUUCUCUCUACAUUAACCGUGAAAAAUUGCUACAGUGUGCCAUGUACAUUCAACACGAUGUGCAUGUGUUGGGUACAGGACAACGAAGAUUUUACAAAAAUGGACAUCUCUUGUAUGGGAAUACCAUUUGCCAAGUUUCCAGACGUUUCUGUAAAUUAUGUGGCACAAUUGGAUGUUGUUGGUAGUGGAUUGCAAGCAAUAGACAAUGAUGCGCUUACAAGUUCGGUUGGGGUUGAAGCUUUAGGGUUAAUGAGCAAUAGACUAUCUAACAUUGGCGACAAAUCAUUUUCGCGAAUUGCAGAUAGCUUACGUACGUUGGAUCUCAGUUACAAUUCGUUGGAGGAUGUACCUUUGAAGGUUUUACGAGAUUUGAAGAAAUUGAACUGGCUAAACAUGCAUAGUAACCACCUAACAACGUUGGAUGGUGACUGGGGCCACACAAAAGACACCCUAACGAACGCGUUCUUCGGUGACAAUUCAAUUAUUGAAAUACCAAAAGUAUUUUCUACAUUCGAAUCAUUAGUCUGGUUGAAUCUCGACAACAAUAAUAUUGAAGAGAUAUCAGAAGACAGUCUACCUCCCAACAUGUACACACUUAGCUUGAACAGUAAUCUUCUGAAAUCCUUUCCAUCGUCGUUAAAAACAUUAAAAUACCUAACAUGGUUAUAUCUAAGAGGCAAUGACUUCAAGAAUCUCGAGUUGCCUGAUUUUCAAAGCUCGAAUUUGGAACUGGUGGACGUGAGUGAAAAUUGCAUCGAAUGGAUCAGCACAUCUGUUCCAAAUAAUAGAACCUUGAAGAUCAAGGAAUUCAAUUUGGAUAGCAAUAAAUUAUCCACCUUACCGGCUGGGAUUUUUGAUCGUAUAGAAACGAGGAGGAUCCAUUUAUCUUCGAAUUCCAUUAAGAAUAUCGACGAUGAAGCAUUUCGUGGAUUGGAGGACGUUUUGGAGUACUUGAAUUUGGAGACUAAUGACCUUCCAAGCGUUCCUGGAGCGGUCAGUCGUUUAAGAAAAUUGUCAUAUUUGUAUUUGGCUAGUAAUGACAUUAAGAAUAUUUCUGGAGAGGCGUUUCAAGAUUUUGCUGAAAAUUUGAGAGCACUUUCACUCGCUACGAAUAGCUUGGAUGCAGUUCCAGUUGCAGCUUUAUCCAAAUGCCAGAGGCUAUUGCAUCUGAACCUCGGUUACAAUAAGAUCUCUCACAUUCAGCCGGGUGAUUUCGAGUGGGCAGAGGACCUUGAGAUUCUAUUGCUUAGGAACAACAUUUUAACAAAAUUGAAAGGGGAGACCUUCAAAGGAGCAAGUAAGCUAAAAGAGCUCAGUUUAUCGUUUAACCACCUAACAGAGCUGGAUGACGAUUGUUUCGUGGGUAUCGAGGAAAGCCUGGACAUUUUGGAGCUGAGUUUCGCAUUCGCCACUGAUAUUUUCCCUCAACGAGCCCUCAGACCUCUUUCAAACUUACUAUGGCUGGUCCUAGACAACAAUAACUUCCAAACGAUCGAAGCAACCGCGUUUUAUUCCUUCCAGAAACUACGAUACAUCAAUUUGGAAUCGAAUCGUCUUCAUUAUCUACCGGAAAGAAUAUUUCUAUCCGGCGUUCAUCCGGAAUUGAAGGACGUAAAGCUUGGUUACAAUUUCCUCGAAGCGAUUCCAGACUUUAGUUUUCAUAAUCUGACUGAACUGAGGUCUCUGGAUUUGACUGGAAAUAGAAUAAAGCUUCUUACCUCUUGUUCCAUUAUGGAUUGUCCACAAUUAGUGACCAUAUCGUUAGCUUACAACAGAAUCACCAAAAUGGAGAAGAACGCCCUUUACGGUUUACCGAGUUUACAUUUUCUUCAUAUGGAGUUCAAUAAAUUGACCGUCCUCGACUUGGAUGCCAUCGCUGAAAUUGGUGGGCCAGAUUUUGUUCUCAAUGUAUCUUACAACGCUAUUUCUUUGAUAAGCUCUACCGGUUCGACGAAUAAUUUGACCAGCUUGGACCUGAGCUUUAAUAAUAUCAGUCAUUUGCCCGCUGACACGUUUUAUGGGACACCAAACUUGAAGAGUUUGGAUUUGGAGAGCAAUUUUAUCGUUGUUCUUGAACCCGGUACGUUUGCUCUGAAAUACCUGGAAACAUUGAACCUCCGCGACAAUAAGGUAGAAAGUCUAAGAAAGCAAUCGUUCCAUGGUUUGGAGUCAUUGCAACAAUUAGAUUUAAGUGGAAAUCAGCUGAGUCAAUUAUCCACGAAGCAAUUUCGCAAUCUAAAGAAUCUAAGAAUCUUGAAUUUAUCAAGGAACAAGAUCAGAUCAUUGCCUAAAGACGUUUUCGAGGGAACGAAACUGGAGAUUCUUGAUUUGAGCAGCAAUAAAUUCACCGUGGUACCCUCGCUAUCUUUUCUGGAACUUGGGUACACUCUGAGGGAUCUCAAUUUGGCAGACAAUUUCGUGGAUCAUUUAGAUUCCACCGCUUUUCCAACUUCUCAAUUAGUAUCAUUGAAUUUGGCUCAUAAUAGACUAACUAUACUACCGGACAACUCGUUUGUCUCAUUAGGAAAGCUUCUAAGUUUGAAUGUAUCUCAAAAUGUCCUUCAGGCGAAUUUUAAAGAGCUCUUCCAUUACUUACCUGGCUUGAGACAAUUAUACUUGGCCAGUUGUGGUCUCAAAGAUAUUCCUCUUCUACCGUUGACCAAUUUAAACGUUUUGGAUCUGUCGUUUAAUUAUGUUGAUUCGACGUCUGAUAAGGAGUUUCAGUAUCUAAAAGGGUUAAAGAUUCUUUUGUUACUUAAUAACUCGUUGACUUCUAUGCCAAAUGUUAAAUUGAAUCUGUUGAAGGAACUUGAUGUAUCCGGAAAUCCAAUAGAGGAAUUAACAAAAGAAAGUUUCCUGAGCUACCCAAGGCUAGAAAAACUGAACCUGAGGAAUCUAGAUAAAAUAAGGUCCGUGAACAAAGACUGCCUUCGAGUCUUAAAAUACCUGAAGCAUCUUCGAAUUCAAACUUGGCCCGAAGCUGAUGGUUUUCACCUUCGUUUCCUGUUAACCGGAUUGCCAUUGAGAACCGUAGAGAUUCAAGUGACAGAACAUUUAUUGAAACAUCAGAUACAAAAUGUCUUUUCUAAACAGUUGAGAGAGUUGACGAUUUCUGGAAAUGAUCUGGAAAUGAUCUCCUCGGAAGCAUUCUCCACUAUCGAAGGUGGUGAAUUGAUAUUGAGAAUCAAGGACACUCGAGUAAGAAGAUUGCAAUCUGAUAUUUUUCUCUCUUUGACCAAAAGAUUGUCACAAUUGACUUUGGAUUUGAGGAACAAUCACAUUAACGAGCUUAGUCCUUCUGUCAUUUAUGGGAAUCUUUCGUGGGAAAGCGUUGGGACCAAUAUGGUUGCUGGAGGAUUGCAAGUGUCUGGAAAUCCGUUGGAAUGCGAUUGUGAAAUAGCAUGGCUCAGUUUGUGGUUGAGAAGAUGGCUACGCGAAUCCAGGCAAAUUCAUACAGCAUCUCAGUCGGAUGCUAGACAAUUGAGAACAAUAGCUGGGAGAGCUGUUUGCACGGAGACCACUCCGUCUCAUUCGUCUGACAAAGUUUUGUUAACUCUAGGAACUCCUCACACUGCCUGCCAGGCUUCCGCCCUUAGCUCUGGCAAUUAUGAGAGAUUAGCUACCACCUGGUUGGCCUUAGUAGAUAUUAUUCUUCUAACUAUUGUUGCAUAUUGAAUUCCUCACUUGAAGUCACUCUACUGGCUCUUUAUUUGAAUAACUGAGACAUUACUUCAAACAGGGAUUGAAAAUUAACAUAGGAAAGUAGAAUUUCAUUGAAGUUAUUAAGGCAUCUACUAAAAUUUUAUAAAGACUUAAAAUGAAGGAAAGGAUUGGAAUCAUUGGAAUGUUUAAAGGGAAGGAAUUUUGAGAUCUUGAAGGUGGUAUACCCCUCUUAAAACUAUAC